AUGUCGGAGCGUCGAUGGUCCACCAGAUUGAAAGCGAAGCUGCUGCGGCGAUCGUCGACGUCAAGCAAGAAGAACAUCGUAACCACCUCCACCACGGCCAGCACUUCUGCUUCCACGCCCGACUUCCAUCCCCAGCCUUAUCCACACCCCGUCCAGCGAGUCGGCCCCGGGAGAGUGAACGAGGCGGCGGAGGAGCUGCCGGCCGAUCCAAACCUUGCCUGUACCAACCAAACCACCACGCCGCUUCUCUCCACACCCUCCAACGACCUCCCUCCUUCCUCCCACCCCCCUCCGCCUCUCUCCUCCGCCAGUCGCCCGUCCAUCUCCUCCUUCACCGAGUCCCAGUAUACCCCGGACGAGCUCGCCAGUGCUGCCGGCUCCCCAGGCGGCCAAUACUUCUUCGUCCCUGAGUACCACCGACCCACGUCUCGCUCGUCUGCCCAGCGACCCGACGAGCAAUCUGUCACCCAGAGCAAUCAGCUUAUACCCGCCCGGCGGCGAUUCGAGCCAGCCCACGACCGCGAGCGUGCCCGAUCCGGGACCAGCCGUAAAAGUUUCCCGGCCGAACUGCUCAAUUUUCCUAUUCCGCCAUUACGAAGGGACACUGAUCUCUCAUCCGUAAACUCGCCGUCUCCUACAACAAAAGCCGACCGUGCGAGCGUGCCGGUUAAUUUUGCCCCGCGAGAGCGUCACGCGUCUGCCCCCGCGGAGUCACCAUCGACUGCGCCGCUACAUGCUGUCGCCGAGAAGUCUGCUAUAAAUACCUAUCAAUCCUUCCCCAUCCCCCCUUCGGCUCUCUCUACACGCCCGAGCUUAAUCAGCCGCCGCCAGUCGCUGCUGCCUGCGUCUCACCAGCACCUGGUGAGCUCGUUGCUGAACACCGGCUCGUUUUCAGAGCCCGACGGAUUUGGAAACAGACACAUCCCUCCUACGGGCUCUGGGAUGGGAUUGCGAAAGAUCUGGGUUAGGCGACCGGGUGGCUCGGCCACGCUACUUCCCACGUCGGAGGAUGCACUGGUCGAUGAGCUGAGAGAUCAAGUGGUCCUGAAAUAUGCCAACUCGCUGGGGAAGACAUUUGAUGCACCCGACAUUGUCAUUCGUAUCGCCACCCGUGAAGGGUCGACCAGACUACCGACCCCCGACCGCAUCCUCAGCCCCGAGGAACCGCUCUGGUCGGUGGUUGAUUCAUUCUACCCGGGUGGUCAAACAGUGGCGGAAGCGCUUGUCAUUGAGAUUCCGCAGCGUCGGACCCCCAAGCCCUCGCCUCGCCAUAAUGUAUACUUCACACACUCUGAACCGGGUGAGCAUGGCGACUAUUUCCCGCUUAUGCCGACCAAUGUAAACGUGCCCACACCUCCAACACAUCAGUCAACAUCGGCGAAUUCGAGUAGCGCCCACGCGGCUCCGUCGAUCUCUAUCCUUACGACUGGCCAUGCUCCUCCCUUACCGUCUCCAAGCGGACGCCCUCGUGCCCGCCGACCUCCUCUUGCCCGACAAACCACACAUUCACCGACAUUACCUGGGACUGUAACUCCAAAAGAUGGCGCAAGUGUACCAAGUGCAGCGCCAGCUGCCACGCCGCCUGCGCCGACUCCUCCUGUACCGCCUCCGGAGUCACCGCAGGCCCAAGCGCAUACUCCCCCGGCGCGGGUUACAUCCCCGCGUCCAGGCCCCGGGAAGACGAAAAAGCCCAGCCGGGCGUCGUUAUUAAACGGAGCAUUCGGCGGUCUUAUCGAGGGCACAGUACCGCCGAUCAACGUUCUUAUCGUCGAGGACAAUGUUAUUAACCAAAAGCUCCUUGAGGCCUUUAUGAAGCGCCUCAGCGUGCGAUGGAAGUGCGCUGCCAACGGUGCCGAGGCCGUUAGCAAGUGGCGCGAAGGCGGGUUCCAUCUUGUCCUGAUGGACAUCCAGCUGCCCGUGAUGAACGGGCUCGACGCCACAAAGGAGAUUCGCCGACUCGAGCGACUGAACGGGAUUGGAGUCUUCCCGAAGAAGUCAUCCGGUUCUACGAUUGCGGCCCAUGCGAUGGCAAACUCGCCAACUCCUGUAACGGAGGAGGACAAAUUACAUGAUUUAUCUCUCUUCAAGAGUCCCGUAAUUAUAGUCGCCUUGACGGCUAGCAGUUUACAAAGCGACCGUCACGAGGCACUGGCCGCUGGCUGUAAUGACUUUUUGACCAAGCCCGUCCGCUUCGAAUGGCUGGAACAAAAAGUGACCGAAUGGGGCUGCAUGCAAGCCCUGAUCGACUUCGAAGGCUGGCGCAAAUGGCGCGGCUUUAUGGACAACCAGUCCGACUCGUCCAACGCAGCAUCCGGCUCCGGUUCAGGUUCAGGUUCAGGUUCAGGAUCGAACUCAAACGGCGUGACUGCGUCCGCAGCGUCUCCAUCGCCAGCAACGAAGAAAUUAGAAGUCAGAUUGGGAUCGCACCAUCUGAAGCGCGGCGGCCUCGCCGAGGAUUCGCCUGAUAGCGGGGAUGGAUCGGACUCGCCGGGCAGUAUGCUUGUCGACGGGCCGAGUCCGUUGCAUGAGGGGAAUAUCUAG